ACCGGGACGGGAGAGGGAUGAGGUAGUGUCGGACUUUUCCACGGUUAUCAACGAAAACGAAAACGAAACCGUUUCGGUCUGCUGAGCGGCUACACUGGAUGUAUAUUUAACAAAUGAACUCGAGACUGGUUGAAUUCACAGCGCGGGGAGACACUUUUUCCUGUUUUCAAAGACUGUGGAUAUUGGAGGAAAGUUUAAAUCCCUGCGCUGCGUGCCCGGGGGAAAGGUGAGACGCGUGUUACUUUAAUUUCCCCGGCUGUGUUGCUUGUUAACGCAUAUAAAAGGUAAAAUUGGCUGUCUAGCAGGACUUACUCAGCGCGUGCUGUGUUGUUUCGCAGUGCUGCUCUGAACUCUGUUUAGCAGCAUGUCUGACAAGUGUGCCGCUGCGUAACCAGUUCAUCCAGCUCUGCGGGGAGUUUCGAUUGCUGCUCGACUGACUUCAGGUAAACCGACUUCAAGGUUUGCAGCUCUUCCAAAACACCCAAACAGUCUCACAGCAAUGGCUGGUUUGAGCAAUGUUCACAUGAAAACCCUGGAGGACCUGACGCUGGACUCUGGCUACGGGGCGGGGGACUCCUGCAAGUCCCUCAGCCUGUCCUCCUCCAAGUCAAACUCCCAGGCCUUCAUGACGGCCCCUCACCGGGGCAACUGGUGGUACUACUCCGGCUCCAUGAACAGCAGGAACAACAGCUGGGACACGGUCAACACUGUCCUCCCUGAAGACCCGGAGGACAUCUUCUCCAAGUGUCCCCGCUUACCUGAGUUGGAAGAGUUCCCCUGGGUGGAAGAGGAAGUGGCCAAGAUACUUCGCAAAGUGGCCGCGAGUGGAAGCAUUAAAGGGGGACCUACACCUGUGUUCUCCCCGGAGGCCGUGAGGCGGCUGUCCGCUCUCCUCCGCAGGGCUCUCAUUCGCAUCUCCAGAGAGGCGCAGCGGCUGAGCGUCAUGCACUGCCGCUGUACGCGCUUCGAAGUGCAGAGCGCUAUGAGGCUGGUACUCAGCUGGGCCCUGGCCGACCACUGCGUCUCUGCUACGGUCAAGGCCAUCUCCAUGUAUAGUAUGAGCGCCGGGGAGCUGCUGAGGAAGGGCAAGUCCGCCCGCUGCGGCCUCUCUUUCUCCGUGGGGCGCUUCUUCCGCUGGAUGGUGGAUACCCGCAUCUCUGUGCGCAUCCAUGAAUAUGCAGCUAUAUGCUUGACCGCAUGCAUGGAAGCUCUGGUGGAGGAGAUAGGGGCCCGGGUGCUGAUGGCAGAGAGGGGUCAUUCAGGGCCGGACUCAGGGUCAGCGUGCGCCCCAGUGAGCGCGGAGGCCCUGGAGGGGGUGGUGAACAAUGACGCAGAGCUGUGGGGAGUCCUGCAGCACUACGAGCACCUGAUCUGCGGGAAGAACGCCAGUGGUGUUUUGUCCCUUCCGGCUCAUUUCAGUCCCUACACAGAGAACCAGCAGACGUCCGUGGACAGCAGGGAGGAUGCCUAUGCCCAGCUGGAGCUGAGGACGCUGGAACAGUCCCUGCUGGCUACCUGUGUGGGCAGCAUUUCUGAACUCAGUGACUUGGUGUCCCGUGCAAUGCACCACAUGCAACGCCUGAGCUCAGUGCGCCCAGGACUGAGCCCGGCCCGCCAUACCCGUCCCCAGCAGCCUGUGUCCUGGUCGCCAGACGCCCUCCACACCCUAUACUACUUCCUGCGCUGCCCACAAAUGGAGUCCAUGGAGAAUCCCAAUUUAGAUCCCCCACGCAUGGCACUCAGCAAGGAGAGGCCAUUUCUGUUGUUGCCACCUCUGAUGGAGUGGAUGAGAGUGGCCAUAGUUCAUGCUGAGCAUCGCAAGAGUCUGUUGGUGGACAGCGAUGAUGUCAGACAGACCGCCAGACUUCUCCUGCCAGGACUGGACUGUGAACCAAGACAGCUAAAGCCUGAAUGUUGCUUUAGCUCCUUUAAGCGUCUGGACUCCAGGGCUGCCACAGAUAAGUUCCAUCUAGACUUGGGUUUUCGGAUGCUCAACUGUGGACGCACAGAUCUCAUCGGCCAGGCCAUAGAUUUGCUGGGGCCUGACGGAGUUAACAGCAUGGAUGACCAGGGGAUGACCCCUCUGAUGUAUGCAUGCGCAGCUGGAGACGAGGCCUUAGUCCAGAUGUUGAUUGAUGCUGGGGCCAACCUUGACGUGGCGGUUCCACCAUGCUCCCCUAAGCACCCCUCUGUGCAUCCUGAUAGUCGACAGUGGGCAGCUCUCACCUUCGCUGUGUUGCAUGGACACAUCUCUGUAGUACAGCUCCUGUUGGAUGCAGGGGCCAACGUGGAGGGGGCUGCAGUCCGCAAUGGACAGGAGAGUACAGCAGACACCCCACUGCAGCUGGCUUCAGCAGCAGGCAACUAUGAGAUGGUGAGUUUGCUCCUGGCACGAGGCGCAGACCCCUUGUCAAAGACUCACAAUGGAAAUGCCCUUACAUCAUCCCUCUAUGAAGACAUGAACUGCUUCAGUCAUGCUGCCGCACAUGGACACAGGAACGUGCUGAGGAAGCUACUGACUCAGCCCCAGCAGGUCAAAGAGGAUGUCCUGUCUCUGGAGGAGAUCUUAGCUGAGGGGGUGGAAGGUGAAGAGGCCGGGAUGUGCCCUUUUCUCCCUCUCUCCCCCCUGCCCACUCCUUCCUCUGGCCCCGGGGCCCUGCCAGAGGUGGGCAUACCAAGGCUCUGCAAGGCCAGGAUGAAGGCUCUGCAAGAGGCCAGCUACUACAGCGCAGAGCAUGGCUACCUGGACGUCACCAUGGAGCUACGAGCUAUGGGUGUUCCAUGGAAACUACACGUGUGGCUGGAAUCUCUGCGUUGUGCUCAGCAGCAGUCCAGAGCAGGAGUCACCCUCUCUCUCCUCAGAGAGUUCACCACAAUCAGAGAAGAGGACUACUGCGAGGAGCUGGUCACCAUAGGCCUACCCCUGAUGUUCAACAUCUUACAUACCACCAAGAAUGAUGCCAUUAUACAGCAGUUGGCGGCUAUUUUUAGUCACUGUUUUGGCCCAGCUCCUCUUCCAGCUAUCCCUGGGAUGAAGGCAACUCUUUCAGCACAGUUGGACCCUCAUUUCCUGAACAACCAGGAGAUGUCAGAUGUGACAUUUGUAGUGGAGGGGAAACCGUUCUACGGCCACAGAGUCCUGCUGAUCACAGCUUCUGACAAAUUUAAGUCUCUGCUGGCAUCCUCCGGACCAGAUGGCAGCCCCAACAAGGAAAUUGAGAUCAGUGAUAUCAAGUACAACAUUUUCCAGAUGAUGAUGUCGUAUCUGUACUGUGGAGGAACAGAGUCACUGAAAACUGUUGUGUCUGACUUGCUGGAGUUGUUGUCAGCUGCCAGUCUGUUUCAGCUGGGGAUGCUACAAAGACACUGUGAACUCAUCUGCUCUCAGCUCAUCAACCUGGAUAAUGCAGUCAGCAUCUACAAGACAGCCAAGGCCCAUGGUUCAGUGGAGCUGAGUUCAUUCUGUGAAGGUUACUUCUUGCAGCAGAUGCCUGCUCUACUGGAGAGAGAGGGCUUCAGGAGCCUGCUGUUGGGACCGCCCGCAGCCCGACAAGGAAACAACUCCAUUUCUACGCUGGUUCACAGCCGGGGAGAGUCACCUCUGGAGGAGUUGGAGGCUACCCUGGCUCAACGGCUACGCUCUCUUUGUGUCACCUCCCGAGUCUGAGCACAACAGGGCAGCUGCUGAUGAGACAAGACAGAAAUAAGAAUGUGGCAGUUAAAGCUGAAGUGUCAUCUCAUCACUGAAACAAGAUCAGAUCUUAAGAGUUCUAAGAAGCUGUUUAAGUUGUUUUAGCACAGAUGUUUUCUUUUAGUAAGACUUGAUGCUAUUGCUGGUAACAAGCAACUUCCACAAUGCUUUGACACUUGGACACAGAUAAGCGAGUUAUUUGGCAGCAGUUAGACUUUGCUCUGUGGACAAAACAGCAUUUCAUAUUUUUGCGCCAAGCACUCCAUCUUUACUUUUUUAUUUGUUUUGCAGUGUACAGCAUGUUUGUGAAAAAGAACGUUGGAAAAUGUGAUACUUUUUUCUUCACAUGGCUGGGGAAGCUUAAAUGGAGAAGCAACAGUUGGAUGCAACAGGUGGGAGCUCUGGAUUAUGAAACACUGCUGCCCUCUACUGGACAAAACUGGUACAAUAAAUAACUGCUUUGGAGGACUGGAAUCAAGGGUGCCCUCCUGGUUCUGACUGCAGCUAUUUAAAGUGAAAAAUGACUGAAUCAAGUGAGGCAGCCAUGCUGGACUUUUGGCUCUGUCCCGUUUUAACUAAUAAUGCAGAGUGGGAGGACGCUCAGUGCCUCCAGCAUUGUUGUAAACUUUGGAUUAACAAAUGUACUUUUUAUGUAACUGUAUGUUUUUAUUUUCUAUUUUUUAAAAAGUAUUACCGCAGAAACAAAACACUUACUGAAGAGUGGGAUGGACAUUUUCUAUUUAAUGAGAAAAAAGAUGUUAGAGUAUUUAACAGGGUGUUCCCUUUUUAUUUUGUUUUUAAUCAAAGCAAAUUAUUAAUAUUAUUGAUAAAAAGUUGCUUUUGUGUAGCUGUUAUUGUUUUUUUUUCCAGGUACACUCUAACAGUUUAUUAAGCUUAUGUAUGCUGAGGUUUAAUGCUUCUAUACAGGUACAGCAGCAAAGUCCAACAUGGGAUUUGGAUACAUAAAGUCUGUUUUAAUGCUGAAUAUUGUAAUAAACCUGGUAAACAAG